GCACUGUGGAAUAUGACGAUCAGAACUACGUGUCGAUUUUCUUGCAGAUGCUAGACGACCCCAAACGCCACGAUGUCGAGCGCUAACACUACACGGUCCAGCGCUUCCUUCGCCAGGAAGUACAAUUCCCUUUCAAUCAUGGACGAAGUCGAAGACGUCGAGUGGUACCAACCGCGUGGAUUUUAUCCGCUAGAUAUUGGUGAGACGAUAAUCGGCAGGUUUAAAGUCGUCCACAAGCUCGGACACGGCGGCAUCGCGACCGUUUGGUUUUGCUGGGAUCUGCAAGAAGACAAAUGGAUAGCGCUCAAAAUCAACUCGGCAAGCCAUUCGUCGGAUGACUGCUCGGACCUGAAGGCGAAUCGAAUGCUCGAAGCUCGGGCCCGAGGAAUCGACGAGCUCGAUGAAAACAAUAUCAUGGUAGCCUCGCAGACUUUCUUUAUAGAAUCUCCCAACGGGAGGCACUUGUGCUCCGUAUUGCCUGUCGCCGGCCCAAAGUUCACAGACUGGGAGGAUAAGAUAGGAGAAGACUUUGGUCGACGAAAGAAAAUAAGCCGCCAAGUUACGAAUGCCCUUGCUUUCCUACACGAAAAGGGAAUAUGUCACGGCGAUUUUAGGCCCGACAACAUAUUAAUGAGGUUGAAACCCGGCUGUCUCGAUCAGAUCGAGUACGAUGAGAUGCAAGUUCUGAUAGGAGAGGCGAACGGAGAACAGCUUCUAGACGGUGACGAGCGAAGCCCACACGCGCCCAAGUGCGCAUACCUACCGUUUAGUUUCAGAAACGGGAAUCUUUCGCACAUGAUAUCGGACGACAUCGCCAUUGUUGACUUUGGCGAAGCGUACGAGGUCGAUAGCCCUCCCGAGAGACUAAAUAUUCCGCUGAACUAUGCCGGGCCCGAAUGGCUUUUUGGCAAACAGACAGGAGUAGGAAACGAUCUCUGGUCUCUAGCUUAUACGCUACUGGAAGUUCAAAUUGGGCCGCUCCCCGGAGAUCUAUGGAAUAUCAUUAGGCGUAUGGAGCGGUAUAUUGGGCCAAUCCCGUCCACCUACGGGCCGGCCGCUGUGAAGCUACUCCACGAUGAAAAGGGCGAUCCGGAUGAGCCGCCGCCAGAUUACGAGGAAGACGAGCCCGUUACCGGAUCGUUAACAGAGCCGCUCAACUUACAGGAGAAGUACGAAGCAACUCAUUCCGAAUUCGAUAAUCCGAUACAUAUCGCGCUGGGAUUAGCCGAUAUGCCAAAGGACGAAAUCCCCAUCUUUGGCGAUCUUCUAGGGAGGCUCUUCAAAUACGACCCUGAGGAGAGGCUUAAGGCGUCUCAGGCGCUAGAGCACGACUGGUUCAAAAAUAUUAAGACUGUCGACGAGACGAGCAUCGAAGAAUUCGAUAUAAUGCCAGCCAUAGACUUUUUAGGCGAGGCUGAUUCAGUUCCGGGUAAGGUAUCAGAGUCGUUAAGCGCAGGAAGUGCUACGCCGCCUAUGAUAGUCACAGAAGUACGCACUGUACAAAUUACGGAAAAGUGUCCUUGGUAUCACGUUGUAGCUACCUGGGCGGCUCCCGUACUGGGGUUAUUAUGCGUGUAUCUGCUAUAUCUUUACACGACUUUGCGGGUCGAUAUGAUAGUUCUCCAGGCAGCUCGAUAGACUAUGUGGUUCUAU